AUGGACGCCGCCACAAUUUAUCAGACUGUCAACACCAAGUAUUCCGACCUCGCCUCUCGUGCCGAUCUUAGUGAAGUCCAGGCAUCCAAAAGCACACACAUUGCAGCAUCUUUCGGCUAUUCGUCGGAAGACCUGGCGUCCCUCCCCACCGGGACGAACCUUGGCCUCUCAUGCGGAAAUCCACUCGCGACAGCGAAUCUUCAGCCCUAUGAGAAUAUGGUUGACCUCGGAUCGGGAGGAGGGCUUGACUGUUUGAUCGCGGCCAAGCAGAUGUUGGCGAAAAGUCCCUCGCCGAGUGGGAAGAUAUAUGGCAUCGACAGGAGUGAAGCAAUGAUUACAUUGGCGAGGAAGAAUGCCACGAAAACAAACCUGCCAGAGAGCCUGGUGAAAUUCAUCCAAGCACCAAUCACGGAGAUUUCCCUCCGAGAUUCCUCAAUUGACCUGGUGGUCAGUAACUGCGUCAUCAACCUGGUUCCGGACGAAGAUAAGCCGAUCGUCUUCAAGGAAAUCUAUCGACUCCUCAAGCCGGGUGGGCGGGUCGCAAUCAGCGAUCUUCUCGCAAAGAAACCCAUGCCAGACCAUCUACGACAAGACGCAGCUUUGCUGGUGGGCUGCGUCGCGGGUGCAAGCCUGGUUGACGAAUAUCGACAUUGGAUGGAGGAGGCCGGGUUUCAACAUGAUAGCAUUGUCUUUAUCAACACCGGGAGAGACUUGAACGUCUACCAUGAUGCGGAGGUCACGGCGCCUUGUUGUAUGGAGGCGACCCUGUCGAAGAGUUGCUGUGAGAGCGGCACAGCGAGCGCCUGUUGCGUCGAGAAGAAUGGUAGCGAUCCUGUCAGCAAGGUUGACCUCAAUGAAUGGGUGGCUUCACAUCAAAUCUAUGCCGUCAAAUGA